CCUCGACCGACCGAAUCUGGUCCUGGUCCAAGAGAAGGUCCGAUCCGCCGCCAUUUUCAUUUCUGCACGUACCCUAACACAGCGGGUGCUCUUUCAGAGAGAAGAGGAGGAGCAGAUUAAGGGAGAGAGAGGAUGAACUUCGUGGUGAGGGUCUGUAAUGGCGGGGCUCGGUCAGGAGUUCUCCAACUAGCGAGUUGCCCGGCUCCCAUAGAGACGCCGGCCCUCGUAUUGCCGACGAGGAAGGGCCUGCCCAUGUUCAUCACCCGGGACCUCCUUCAAUCCCUCCCUUUCCCGGACUCCCACAUCUUCCAAGUUAGCCCCCUCCAUUUCUUGGAGUGCCCUUCACCAAAAACAAUUUCAAGCAUUGGAGGAUUGCAUCAACUAUUGGGAUUACAUGAUUAUGGCUUUGCAGCUGUGGCCAGGGAUUCACUUGUAUCUCUUCCAGAUUGUCAAGGCACAAAUAGGAUGGGUGCUUCUUUUGACGCACCUUCUGGUCGACGAUUGCUUAAGCCAGAAGAAUACAUGGAACUGAUGUGUUCUUUGAAGCCAAAUAUUUGGGCUAGUAUGGCAGAUGAAGUUCCUGCAUGGGUUUCUGAAAAGAGGAAUGUGACUUCUGUAGAUCGAACUGUACGUUGGCUCGAUGAUUGCAUUUCUCUAGAUCCCGCAAAUGGUGCAGCCAUUUUAGGGGCCAUUGUUGGAGGAUCAAGUUUAGAGCAACGCAGGAGAUGUGCUUGUGAAGUUGCAAAGCGAAAUGUCACAGGUUUUUGCAUUGGAGGCUUUGGACUUGGAGAGGAUAUGGAGGAACGCCCUGCACUUCUUAAUGCAGUAACGGAUGCCCUGCCAAAGGAAAAAGUUCGGUAUAUAUGUGGUCUUGGACUACCAGAAGAGGUUUUGCAAGGUGUCCAUGCAGGCAUUGAUCUCUUUGAUACCACGUAUAUUUAUCAUCUUACGAUUGGCGGAUUUGCUCUAGUUUUCCCUUUAGAUGAUGGUGAUGGAUCUACUCGUGAUUCUGUGCCACAUCAUGAAGGUGGUGAUUUCACAAAGAUAAAUCUGCGUGCAACCAUCUACAGGAAGGACACCUCUCCCCUUGUUGAGGGCUGCAGCUGCUACGCCUGUCAACAUCAUACAAGAGCUUACAUAAAUCACCUACUCAAUGUUCAUGAAAUGCUAGCACAGAUUUUAUUAGAGAUCCACAAUACACACCACUAUCUGGCCUUUUUUCGACUAAUUCGAGAAGCAAUUAAGCAAGGGAAUUUUGAGCAGUUCAGAACAAAUUUCAUUGCACAUAGACGGAAUCACCUUGUCAGAUUUGAAACUUCUAUGGUUGAAGUUUUGAGUGGUUAAGAACUGUGCAAGGUAAGAUUAUCAAAUGCUUAUGAGUUCAGCAACACCAAGCACUGGGCAGGUCGGCGUGUUAGAUCUUUGAUGCAACUUAGUGCUGGAUGGAGUUUUGUCUUCGUGGAUCUAAUAUGAUGUGUGAGGCCUUGUUUCCUGUGAUUUUCAUGUCAAAGAUGGCAGCCUUGGCAAGGGUGGGAAGAGAAAAACACAGCCACAGAAGAAAUUGUGAUGUUUUUUCCCUAGUGCAACUCUUGUUCAUAUUCUUAUAAACGCCCAACUUUUUUUUCUUAACCAGUUUUGAGUGUAAUGGUUUGCCUAUCAUGUUUGGAUUAAAUGAAAAACCUGCUUCAUUGUGAGUUCCGUGUAACAUGGAUUUUUUUUU